GUCGCCGGAGGGGUACUCCCUCCGCGGCCUCGCACGUCUCGACUCCCGCAGACGAGGCUGAGGCUGAGGCCGAGGCCAUGGCCAUGGCACAGGCAAUGGUACCGCGCAGCACUUCAAUUAGGGUUUGAAUCGCUAACUCGACGAGCUGCGCUCGCACUUGCGGAACCGAUGCUCUCCUUGCGAGUCCAUGUGCAUCGCUGAUUUGAACCUGAUCCGUGUUUUCCUCCUGGCGCAGCAGCAGAGAGAGAGAGAGAGAGAGCUGACUCAUGUCGCAAUGUGUAGCAUUGCCGUGUUGUUGAGGGCGUGACCUAACUGCCAAUUGCGAGUGAGAGAGAUUUGUGCGGUGAUUGCUCGUCAGCCAUGGCUGACGAUGAUAGUGAAUGGAACCGGGAUCGCGCUAGCGCUGAAUCCUGCUUCGUUAGUGACUGUGUUGUCUUUUAUCCUUCUGCUUUGCGACAUGUAGUGAGGUUUAUUCCCGUUGCAUGGUGAGCAAUCUGGAGACGGAGGGUACGCAUUGUGCUGCUCGUUUGCAUGCAGUCGCAUUGAUUUCCUGUUGUGCGUCUUUUCUUCCUCUUCUAUCCCUGUGUAGCUGGUGGCGGGAUCAAUUUGAUGUGCAUGCAAAUGAGAAAAUGAUGUAGCGAUUACGAUCCCUAGGUCCUUUGCUCCCGAUCACGUGCUGCUACUACGUUCAUUGUCGUUCGUCAAGGGAGAGAAUUCCUGUCCUCCGCGGCCUCCUUCCACUUUGGAUUCUGCAGCGGCACCCAAUAUAUAUAUAUAUAUAUAUAUAUAUAUUUAUAUUUAUAUACCUCGCAUUGUGCUUUUCUUCGUGGGAGUCUGCUUUCAUCUGCGAUUCGCACUGUCCUUAUUCUUAUUGUUUAGAAGUAAAAGAGACUGGAGGAACACCAACUACUACCUUCAUCUCAUAUUCUUCUAUUGACUUGACUCUACUUUCCGCGAUGCCGCACUUACGUAGUGAAUAUGCUGAUAUAACUAUGCCUUCUCCUGAAUUCUCUCUGCGAGACAAAAAGUGUCUUCAUCAUUCAGCGCUACAACACGUUGGGUGUGAUUUCAUCCAGGCAGAAAGUGCGACACCCCUAGUUGCUUCAAGAACUCGUCCUUUAAAGAAAGUGUCCUCUACAGAUUCUCCUGUAUCUUUAGGAAAACCUCCACCUGUGCCCAAAAGUAUUCCUAGAGAUCCCGUUCCGCAAGGUGGGAGAGGCGCAGGUUGGCCCUACGCUCCGCAGGGUUGGCCGAAAUCUGAUGACAAAUGGGGUUGGAGAGUGGGCAAGCGAGUAGAUGGUAAUUCGCUAUGGAUCGAUAGACACAUUAUGCUACCAAUGAGUCUCUUGAAAGGUAGAAAACCUGGGAAGCCCGUUGAAUUCGCCAGUCGAAAGCGUCUUUUGGAAUAUUUUAAGCAAAAUUUCCCUCAAAUUGGCCCUGACAGCAUUUGCAAAGCGUUCGACUGGAAGAUUCCUGCUUUGAAGGGUACUGAAAUUAAAGAAGCUACUAAUAAGCGAGGGUGGACCACCAACCGAGACAAACCACCAUCCCUGUACGAGGACGAUGGUUGCCAGAAGUUGAAGAAACGAUGUCGGGCAGGUAAUCCAGAUUGCCUCCUUGAACAGGGAAAGGGUGAUGUGCCAAAACCGUUACAGAACUUGGCAUGUCGCAUCUGCUGCUCUGAGCCUAGCUUCUGCCGUGAGUGUAAGUGUAUACUUUGUUGCGGAUCUUUUCUGGCAGAUGCUGACGGAAUCAGCAUCAUUAGGUGUCUGAACUCUCCCGUAUCAGGACACGGCAUAUGUGGCCAUGCAUCUCAUCUCGAGUGUGCACUGAAUUCUCAGUUAGCUGGGUCCAUCAAGAAGAGCGGGCUGGACAUGGAAUAUAUGUGCCGACGCUGUGACAGGAAGACAGAUUUAAGACGGACUUUUUCCCGUUUGAUUGGGGUUAUGAAUAAAACUGCUACACAGUCCAAGGUCGAAAAUAGUCUCCAGCUUGCGUUGCGAAUAGUACAAGAUCCAGAGGAUAUUUCAAGCAGACCUGGGAAGAUUUUGGCGACAUGUGCGGGAGAUGCUCUCAGGAAGGAACUACUAGGAGUUGAUGUUGGCGAAAUUUACAAAGUAUUGACUCAGCAACUCCUUUGGCUUCGAUCAGGACAAGGGGUUUAUGGUAGUCAAGUGUCACAUCAAGUUUUAAACUGGUCUGGAGCAAUGAGACGAAAAUUUUCGCCGGAGGACUCACUGCACCCUACAGAGAUCAGUUUGGACAAAUUUCUUUCUCAAUCCAAGUCAAAGGAUUCUCACGAUGCUCCGGGCACUCUCUCCAACCCCACGUCUCAUCCUCAUGUUCAAGGUAUGGCUGAUGUCAGCGCUCAACAAGAUGGUUCGAAUGACGUUCUCUCUCUCGUAAAGAUGCCAAUCAAUGCCCUGAGUGUGUUGCAAGGAAAUCCUGAGGCAGAUGGAAUCGCUAUCACUAGUGGCUUGAUGGUUCAGCACGUUGUCAAUGCGGACAAGGAAUUGCCAGGCACUUCAUUUCAGAGUCCUCCAAAACUAGAGGAUCGAAUCAUAUUCAAGGCAGCAUCACAAACUUCCCAUGUUUUAUUACAUACACCGGAACUAUCAAUAGUGAUAAACCAAUGUGUAAGUAAACCUCCCACCCUGACCAUAGAGGAGCACAUCAGGCAGUGUGAAGCCAUGGCAGACAGGAUGAAGGGUGCCUCAAAGCUUGACAGUCCGCUCAAUCUCCUUCCAGUAGCUACACCUCGUAUACUGGAGGUCGUGCUGAAUUCAGAACCUCCAACUUUAACGACUGAUUCUCUGACUACUAGAAUUCAUGAUGAACUGGUUCCAGCAAGUCAGGAUGUUGUUCCUUCAGCUGAGGAUUUACAUCGCAUAGGAUCAUUCUCUUGCGCUGCGGCGAUGGAGGUUACAUCCAUCCCUUGUAACGUUAGCAGGGAGAGCCCAAGUGUGAGCGAUUCGCAGGAUGCCGACAGAGAUAACGCUGCAAACACAGGAAUCAUGGAGGUGUCUAUGACACAGCCGCCAAAGAUAUCUAGCUGUGUCCCAGUACUGGAUUUACCUCAUGCUGAAGGCUUGGAAGCAGAAUAUGAGAAUCAGAUCGCUCAGGCUUUGGAAAAGCUGAGGAAGGCCCUGGAAGCCGAGUAUGCCUGUGCUGAGAAAUCAUUGCAUGCACAGAAGAGAAUAAUUAUUGAGAAAUAUCGGCAGCUUGGAAAUAUGUGUGGAGAUGUUGCCAAGAGUGGGAGAGUCCAGGUAUCUCCAGACCAAUUCGUAAAGGAUCUGUCCAAAUCACGUGCACAGAUUGACCGCGAUAUCAAUCGUCUAGUAGAUCAGUUCGGGAAGGCGCAGGAAGAACAAAGAAUAUUUGAAUCCAUGCUUGCCAUUUCGAACGGCUUCGGUCAGGCUUCGAAUGAAUUUUUACGGGAAUUCUUCAACUGGCCACUGAAGGGCAGUAACGAGGUUUAGGACUCUGCUUCCAUAGAAAGAUAUUGUUCAUCUUCAUGGAGGUAGAUUCGUAAAGCUGCCUCGAAAUUGUGUGACCAUUCUACAAGACGGUCUAGAAUAUGGUAUAAUGCAAGAGGUCCUGAUGUGUAUAAACCUAGAAUCUUGGGCCUUGCCAGCUUGUCAAUAGGCUUUUGGGUGUCCGAGGGGAAAUUUUCCGAAAGAUUUUAGAUUAACAGAAUUGGUGAUCAGAAAUUACUUUAGACAAUGUGUUACAACAAAUAAUCGGUGUCGUCUUAACAUUCUAAAAUCUAGACCGUGGUUGUCUACGUGCAUGUUCUGCUACAAUCCUAUUGCCUGCCCCUACCAGCUGUCAGGACCUUUGUUGUAGAUGUUCAGAUUAUAGUCAUACUGUACCUUUGGACUGCUAAGAUGAUGCUUGGUAAUCGGUUUUUUUUC